AUAGGGAGAAGUGGCCCUGCCACUUGCCCAGCCAUGGGGGACACCUUCAUUCGCCACAUCGCCCUCCUGGGCUUCGAGAAACGCUUCGUCCCCAGCCAACACUAUGUGUACAUGUUCCUGGUCAAGUGGCAGGACCUGUCGGAGAAGGUGGUCUACAGGAAAUUCACCGAGAUCUACGAGUUCCAUAAAAUGUUAAAGGAGAUGUUCCCCAUUGAGGCCGGUGAGAUCCACACAGAAAACAGAGUCAUCCCGCACCUCCCAGCUCCCAGGUGGUAUGAUGGGCAGCGUGCAGCUGAGAGCCGCCAGGGAACCCUCACCGAGUACUUCAACAGCCUCAUGGGACUGCCCGUGAAGAUCUCCCGCUGCCCACACCUCUUGAACUUCUUCAAAGUGCGGCCCGAUGACCUGAAGCUGCCCAAUGACAGCCAGGUGAAGAAGCCAGAGACAUACCUGACGGCCAAAGAUGGCAAGAAUAAUGUAGCUGACAUCACGGGUCCCAUCAUCCUUCAGACCUAUCGGGCCAUCGCUGACUACGAGAAGAGUUCCAAAACAGAGAUGACCGUGGCGACGGGAGAUGUGGUGGAUGUCGUAGAGAAAAGCGAGAGCGGCUGGUGGUUUUGCCAGAUGAAGACAAAACGAGGUUGGGUCCCUGCAUCCUAUUUGGAGCCCCUUGACAGCCCGGAUGAGGCAGAGGACCCCGAUCCCAACUAUGCAGGUGAACCGUAUGUAACCAUCAAAGCGUACACUGCUGUUGAAGAGGAUGAGGUGUCCCUGUCUGAGGGUGAAGCCAUCGAGGUCAUUCAUAAGCUCCUGGAUGGCUGGUGGGUGGUCAGGAAAGGGGACAUCACCGGCUACUUCCCAUCCAUGUAUCUGCAGAAGGCUGGGGAGGAGAUAACCCAGGCCCAGCGACAGAUCAGAAGCCGCGGGGCACCACCUCGCAGGUCGACCAUCCGCAAUGCACAGAGCAUCCACCAGCGUUCUCGGAAGCGCCUCAGCCAGGACACCUAUCGCCGCAACAGCGUCCGAUUCCUGCAGCAGCGCAGACGCCCGGCGCGACCUGGGCCGCAGAGCCCUGACAGCGCAAAGGGUGAGCGCCAGAGAGGGGGGCCGGGGCUGGAGGGCGGAGACAAUCCUUCGACUCCGCGCGCCAAACCACAGCCUGCGGUGCCUCCGAGACCCAGCUCGGACCUCAUCCUGCACCGCUGCACAGAGAGCACCAAGCGGAAGCUGACGUCCGCCGUGUGAGGGGCGGCUGCACUGAAAGGCGGUCCUAUCCCUACCCUUGUAUAUAUUUGUAUAUAGCCUCAGGUCAGAGGCUCCUACCCUGCUUUAAUGUUUGGAGUGGACUGAGAUUCUGCAGCAAAGGACAGGACUGGGUUUCUCUCCACGGGUAUUGCUAGGAUGAGAGGAGGCAGUCAGCGUUGCUGGGGGGUUUGCAGGAACAAAAAAGGUCUGAUUACCCACUGCCUUAGUCUUGACCAAGGUCAAGUUUGCAGAAGGCCAAGUAUCUUAGGAACGCCCUAGGGAAACUGUUUCUCAACCUGUUGGCCAUGACCCCUUUGGGGAGGGUGUCGAAAGACUCUUUCUCAGAAGUUGCCUUAGAUCAUUGGAAAACACAGAUAUUAUUUUUAUAGAUAUUUAUAUAACGAUUUAUACAAGUAGCAAAAUGACAGCUAUGAAGUAGCAAUGAAAAUAAUUGUAUGAUUGGGGGUCUCCACAACAUUGGAAACUAACUGUAUUAAGGGGUACAGCACUAGGAAGGUUGAGAAGCACUGUCCUAGGGGCUCAGAAUGUUACCUGAUUGGUAGAGUGCUUGACUAGCAUGCACCAGGGCCUGGCUUCCAUUCCCAGCAUCCCAUAAUUGGGAUGUGUUACAACAAAUUGUCCGUGUUCUAACAUCUGGGCGGAAUUUCACAGCCAAGGGUCAAGAGGACUGCUGUUACGUUCAAGGUCGGCCUGGGCCACGUAGGGAAUUUGAGAUCAGAUUUAGUCUACAGUGUGAGAUCCUGUCUCAAACCACCCCAUCCCACAACAUAACCUUGGCAUGGGGUCUCGGGGUUGUGGCGGAAAGCAGUCAUUAGUGGAUAAUGCUUGGUAUUCUCCUUGUUUUCAUGUCUCUAAGACCUUGCUGGUAUUUCCAUCCCCAAAUGCAAAGAAACCGUGCUGACUGGAUCUAUGUCACCGUGACACAAGCUGGUGUCAUCUAAGGGAGGGCACCUCAGCUGAGGAAACGCCUCCAUGGGGCUGGAAAGAUAGCUCAGUGGUUAAGAGCACUGGCUGCUUUUCCAGAGGACUGGGGUUCAAUUUCCAGCAUUCACAGGGUAGGUCACAUCUGCCUGUAACUCCAGUUUUAGGGAAUCUGACACCCUCACACAGACAUAUAUGCAAACAAAAUACCAAUGUAUAUAAAAUAAGAAUAAAUG